AUGGGUUCCCUAUUCUGCAACACCACGUUGGAGGAAAUGCGAAUCCACCCCGGCGAUGAACGUCCCAUAGCCGGUCCCCUAACCUUCCACUCCCUCGCCCUCAUCAUCGCUGCCGCCUCGGUCGUGGUAGCCGUAGCUAUGAGCUUCUACCUGAUCAUGCGACACGCGACCAACUACACCGUCCCGAACGAGCAAAAGCAGAUCAUUCGCAUUCUAUUCAUGGUGCCCAUCUACGCCUGCUCCUCCUUUUUGUCCUUGCGCUUCUACUACCACGCCAUAUACUUCCAAGUCCUAAGCGACUGUUACGAGGCCUUUGCCAUCAGCUCAUUCUUCAGUCUGAUGUGUCACUACAUCGCGCCGGACUUGCACUCGCAGAAGGAGUACUUUCGCGAGAUGCAGCCCAUCAAGGAUUGGGUAUGGCCGAUCAACUGGAUGGCCAAGUGCUGCGGUGGGCACAGGAAGGGUCCCUGGAGGACGCCGAGGAGCGGGUUGACGUGGUUUAACAUUAUCUGGAUUGGCGUUUACCAUUACUGCUUCGUGCGAGUGGCUAUGACGGUUGCCGCCGUGUUGAGCCAGUAUCAUGGACGGUAUUGCGAAAGUAGCAACUCGCCUAUGUUUGGGCAUAUUUGGAUAGUAGCAAUCCAAUCCAUCGCCGUCACCAUAGCCAUGUAUGCCCUCAUCCAAUUCUACGCCCAGUUGCACGCGACCCCCCAAUUAUCUCCCCAGCAACCAUUCCUCAAAGUGCUGGCCAUCAAGCUCGUCAUCUUCCUCUCCUUCUGGCAAUCCGUCGCCAUCUCAGUCGGAACCUCCGAAACCAUCCACGUGAUAAAACCCAACUCGGUCCUCGCCUAUCCAGACAUCAAAGUCGGCAUCCCGUCUCUACUCCUAUGUUUCGAAAUGGCCUGCUUCGCCAUUCUACAUCUAUGGGCCUUCCCCUACGCCCCUUACACCCCGCGUAACAGCAACCGGGGUAUGAACUUUGACGGCCGCGCCAAGAAACAGGGAGGGCCGCUGGGCAUCCUGGCUCUCUGGGACGCCAUCAACAUCUGGGAUGUUGUCAAGGGUUUUGGGAGAGGAAUCCGGUGGCUGUUUGUGGGCGUCAAAACGAGGGAGAGAGAUGUGAGUUACUUGCAUCUUGACAAGGAUAGCCAUCCUCUGGGCCACAAUCAGAUCCCGCUGCGAGGCGCCAGCACCAGGGGGAGACAAAAGAGUAGUGAUUCUUCGUCGAUUGAGGUGGUGGUUGAACAACGGGAGGGAAUAGCAACGAUGGGAAUGGGAGGAGACCUAGAAGCGCCGGCGCAGGCGCAUCAGCAUCAUUAUGCCCAUGGGGUGUAUGGACAUGACGGGCAUGGACAUGUUGAUACGAGUUAUAGGGGCGCGGCGGGGAAUGGGAAUGCAGCGGUAGGGAGGAGUGAAAGCUUUGAUAGCUUGGAUUUGGCGGGGGGAGGGAUGCCGAGGGCUCAGUAUGAACGACGAGCGAGAAGCGGCUCUGCUGCGUCCGUUGACGAGCACCAUUAUUACGAGGGUCGCAACGCUGGCGGCGGUGGUGGUGGUGGAGCGGCUACGACUUAUCAUGGAGUAGAUUAUGGUAUGCGACCGAACGUGUACAGGAACCAGAGCAGUGGGUAUUAUGAUCCUCUGCCGGCGCCACGGGAGGAUGAGGAUAGUAUUGGGCUGGUAAGCCAUGCGUCUUAUCCGCAUGGAAGUCAGAACGGCCAUCGAUAG